CAUUCGCCGAACGCUGACAGGAACCAGGAAACUUUGGGCUGUCACAGAGCAGUAUUGUGGAGCUCAGGGUGGACUGUACAGGAUUUAGCCCUGGUUACAAGUUAAAUUAAGUUACCGAGAAGCCACGGGUUGUUAAUUUAAAUGAGUAAAAGCAUGUCAGGAGAGCAGAAAUUUGUGAGUCCCUUCCACAGACCCCACUGUCUGUCUGCAGCUGCGACCGCUGGGAAAGCUAAACUCACUCACCCGGGAAAAGCCAUUUUAGCAGGUGGAAUCGCAGGCGGGAUCGAGAUCUGUAUCACUUUCCCGACAGAGUACGUGAAGACCCAGCUGCAGUUAGACGAGAAGGCGAACCCGCCACGCUACAGAGGAAUCGUUGACUGUGUGAAGCAGACAGUGCAGGGUCAUGGGGUGAAAGGUCUGUACAGGGGCCUCAGUUCGCUAGUCUACGGCUCCAUCCCCAAAGCUGCUGUGAGGUUCGGAAUGUUCGAGUUCCUCAGUAACCACAUGAGGGACGAGUCCGGGAAGCUUGACAGCACUCGAGGCCUGAUCGCCGGUCUGGGAGCCGGUGUAGCCGAGGCUGUAGUCGUGGUGUGUCCAAUGGAGACAGUAAAGGUUAAAUUUAUUCAUGACCAGACCUCAGCAAACCCAAGGUACAGAGGCUUCUUCCAUGGCGUGAGGGAAAUAGUCAGAACACAAGGACUUAAAGGAACGUAUCAGGGAUUGACGGCAACAGUAUUAAAGCAAGGAUCCAACCAGGCCAUUCGCUUCUAUGUUAUGACGUCCUUAAGAAACUGGUACAAAGGUGACAACCCUAACAAAACCAUUAAUCCUCUGGUGACUGGGAUUUUCGGAGCCACAGCCGGGGCGGCCAGCGUGUUCGGAAACACGCCGCUUGACGUCAUUAAGACUCGAAUGCAGGGUCUGGAGGCGCACAAAUACAAGAGCACUCUGGACUGCGCCGUGAAGAUUAUGAAGCACGAAGGCCCGGCAGCGUUUUACAAAGGUACCGUUCCAAGACUGGGGCGCGUGUGUUUGGACGUGGCUAUCGUGUUCAUCAUCUAUGAAGAGGUGGUGAAGGCUCUGAACAUAGUGUGGAAGACGGAUUAAUGCUGUAAACGCAGCUCAUGGAACACUGGCAGACCUUCAUAUCGCUGUGGUAUCACCGGGGAAAGCGAGACACGAUGUCAGUAGGGCAAGGCAACAUCACACCAGCUGUGAACCUGUUUAAGUUCCCAUAUAUAAUUACGACCAAGGAAAAAACCCAUUUCCCCCAAAAAUGUGAUGUAGAAAAAUACUUGAAAAUUUAGUCAAAGAUAAAAAAAAUGCAUUGAACCCUCCAUGGUAUGGUUUCAGUUAUAGAGUGUUUGAAAAGCCAAAUGUUGAUAUUGUGGAGGGAUAAAACUGUCUUAUUUUAAUAUCUUUUUUUUUUAAGUGUCAUGGUUUUGUUUCUAGUAUUUUAAGAGUUUUCAUCUGACAAAACUCAUGAAUCUGAUUUACAUUCUUAUAGUUAUAUUUUUUGAUCACUUGGUGUUUUCUCAUGUAAAGACACUAAAUAUAUAUGCAGUGGUGAAGACAAAAAAAUACUUUAAACAUGUGUUACAGCCAUGGAAAAAAAAAGGUUUGUUAAAGAGGGUUAAUCCAAAAAUGACAAAAUGAUUAUUGGCAUUAUUAUUAAUUUAAAAAAUGUUAGUUAUAAUAGUAAUGAGUUAUAAUUAGUUCAUGUUCAUAAUAACACAAAUAAUAAAGUAAAAAUUGAACUAAUUUAUUAUUAUCAUUGAUAGUGUAAUUUUCCUUAAAAGAUAUUAAUGAAUAAUAAUAAUAAUAAUAAUAAUAAUAAUAAUAAUAAUAAUAAUAAUAAUAUAGAAUCUGAUUCUGAUUAAGCCCUCUAAGCAAGAAUGAGCUUUUCAUGGAGUUCUACUGUAGUUUGGGUGAUUUUUUUUUAUUUUUUUAUUUUGUUCAGAUGAAUCUAAUAUGAUGCGAUUCCAAAAGUGUUUGGUCACUUAUUUUUUCAUUUUGUUUUUAAAUAUUCAAGUACUGACAGGUUCUUGAAUCCAAAGACGCACAGAACGUUGAAGCAUCCUGACACACCAACAAAGCCUUUACCUCCCAGAAACACACAUUCCUCAGUAUCUCCAUUAAAUACAUGCACUUUCAAAAACCUUAACGGAUUUGGUACUAAUUAAAGCGAAGUAAUGAAUUUACUUUUAAGUGCCUGACCAGUAUUUACUAGUGCUUGUGAUCAGUGUGUAACUUUUGCCAGGAACAAUGAUGCCAAGGUGUUUUUUUUUUCUAAUUUUAUUUUAUUUUUUUUUUAUUAAUUGUAGAGUCAUGUUCAGUCAACAUCAGAAGUGUGUGUGCUACAGAAUAUUUGUAUUAUUUUAAUAUUAUUAAUAUUAAAAUGAUAAUAUUCUAAAAAUGCUGCCCCACCCCCUCCAACCCCACCCCUAAAUGUUUGGUGUGAAAAGCCGUUCAUGGAUCUGAAACUGCCUUAAAAUUGUUCCUUUUUGAGUGCCAUCAUCAGAUUGAUCACUUUUCCUACCUCAAGAGAUUCCCCACAAAAUCCUUAGUGUCAAGAGGGAAACAUUCGGUGUAAAGAAUCCGUCUCUGUCUCGGUGUCUCCCUUAUUUACAUUGCAUAUAUAAUACACUAUAUCCAUAUACAUAUACAGAUUUAUAUAUAUUGGACAUAUGUUUAAAAAAAAUUUUGGAGUCAUGAUGCAAAAGCAAAUGCAGAAAUGUAGAUGUUUGUGCUACUUGAUGUUGUGUGUGAUAUGGGAGCAUAACACUGUGUUUAGUCUCUGUGUUAAAGAAGAAUAUUUGUGCCUAAUUAAUAUAUGGAUGUCUGCUGUAUUAAAAUGUUUAUACCUUAAA